UUCACUUCCCGGAGGCCGAAACCCACAAAGCGUCCCCCGUCGCCGUCUUCGUCCACCCUCCCGCUAAACCCACUCCACACCACCCACCCACCGCCGCCUGCGCCUAGGGUUCCGCCCCCCAUGACCGUCGGCGAGCCGGAGAUGCCGGCGUCGGCGCGCAGGCGUUUCUUCCUCGCCAGCGUCGACGCGCUCAUCUUCCUCAAUUGCGGGCUGCUGUGGGUCCUCUGCGCGGGGUCCCUCGCCUUGGUCAUCGCGCGCCUUGCCCUGGGUCAGGUCGAGGUUCCCCCCGCGCUCUGGGCGGCGUCCUGGGUCUCCAUUUACUUCCUUAUGUUGCUCGGCCCCGUUGCCUGGUUCCUCGCCGGCGCGCGCUCCUCGCGCUCCCCGUACACCACCACCGACGCCAACAAGGACAUGAUGGGGAUCCUCGUUCCGGCGGCCUUCAUGCUGCUCGCAAUUGAUUAUGAUAAGGUGGUGGGUCUGUUGGGUGUGGAAGGAUCUCAGAGGGAAUGGAUUGGUUCAAUGGUGAUGGAUUUGGGGUUAAUGGGUGCUGGUGCAACAUGUUUCGUCACCUUAACAACUAUGAUACUGAGGCAAUGGAGGAUGAAGUAGAGGGUUAUGUGGUUGUGUUGUUGAGACAUAACCUUGAACGGAUGUGUUAAGAUGGACACGACAAAUACAAGAGCCGACUUUUUGCUGAAGUUUAUGGCCACGGAUAAGUACUGGAUUUUAUUUAGUUAGUUACAUGUAUUCACGACUGUAGAUUGAUCCACUGCUAGUAUCGAGUACUCCAUGAGCUAGGAGCUCUUGUAAUUCGACAUUGUGGCGUUGAAGUGUUUACUUGCUGCUGGGAAGCUUGGAAUACAUGACCAGGCGGUGAGGGGUAUACCACCCUCCAAGAGGAUAGUGCUUUUGUAGGCAUAUAGAAUUUGCCAUGUUGGUAGUGUUAUGUUCGAUGACUACCAUUUCUUCGCAACCGCCCUGUGGCAGUUACUGUAGAAUGUUAAGUUUGUAGCGAUCACAGAUGUUACCAAUCUACAGAUUUGUGGAGUAUGAGUAUGUUGUGUUGUGUAUAUUUCGUAGGGGAGCUCAUAUCUUAAGCGCUGGUGAUCAUGAAUCUAUUACUACCGAGAUGUUUAAAUUGAAUGGUUUACCUGUGUAAGUAUAUUUUUUAUCUUGCCUUUGAUCA